CUUUAGCUGUCAGGGCCCUCGAGACCCUUUGUUGUUUUUUACUCUGUCAGUCUGAAAUUGACAGCUCCAGCUCCAGCUCCAGCUCGAUGCAAUGAGCCCUUUCAGCCUGUUCCUGGCCGUGCUGGCUCUGGCUGUGUGCCAGUGCGUCGUUGCCGAUUCCUGCCAAAACACCACGAUCUCCUCCCCGUCCGAUGCCGACCUUUUCGUCUCGUGCGACAAGGUCGAAGGCGCCCUCACCGUCUCCGAAUCCUUUGACGGGGUCUUGAACCUCACCGAGAUAAGCCGGAUUGAAGGCGACUUGACCGUGACGAAUGUCGGGGGUAUAACAAAGAUCAACCUGCCGGCUCUUGAGAAAGUGGAGGGGACGGUGACGGUUACGGACAAUGGGGGAUUGAAGAAUUUGACACUUUCGGGGUUGCAGAGUGUCAGUGGGAAGUUGACGGUGCAAGGGAAUAAUGGAUUGAGUUAUGUGAAUUUACAGGAUCUGGAAGACGUGGAGGGUGGUCUCGCCCUGGUCGGAGGGUUUAGUGUAUCCCUCCCCAACAUCGACGAGGUCAACGGCGACACCACAAUCAAAGGCGCCGACAUGUCCUGCGGCGUGUUCGACCGCCUCGCUGCAGACAGUGUAUUCACCGGCUCCUACUCAUGCUCAGCGUCAAGCUCAGGGCUAAGCCCAGGCGCCAAAGCCGGUAUCGCCAUUGCAGUUAUUCUAAUCGUCUGCAUCAUCGCCGCUGGUAUCUGGUUUUGUCUACGGCGUCGACGCACAGUGGCCGGGCCCACAGAUGAGGGUGACGUCGAAAAGACACAGUACCAUAUCUUCAACACGAAGUCAAUCCUCCGUCUCCCCCGCAAACCAUUUCCCCCGAAACAACCCUCCGAGUCUGUCCCCAUGCUAGACGGAAGAAUGAUACUCGAAGCAACACCCGGCGAACGACGCGAAAGACGACCAAUUUACGAAUUAGAUGCCGGACCACAGAGUUCGCAUCAGCGGCCCAUCAAUCAUGAAUGACGAAUCAAUGAGUAUAUGACUAUGAAUGUAUGAAUGCUAUGUCAUCGCUGUAAACAAACGCUCUCAUAUGUACACAAAUGUAUAUUCCACGCAUUACGAGUUAUUCCCGCAUGAGAAACUGUCACUGCUGGGGUUGUCGUGGAUGGACUUGCCGGAGGUGUAGAGACCCAGACCGCAAAUGAGUCCGGCAAUACCGACGCAACCGACGUUGAUCACAGUAAGAAUCAUCUUCUUCCACGAGGCGGUGUAUUCGCCGCGGUUCAUGAAAAGCCAGAAGAAAGCGGGCAAUCCGAAACUGAACCAGCUGCCAAAGAUCGAACUGAUCAAACUCAACAAACUGUCAAACACCGGCAC